AGUCAGCUAAUAACUAACUAUUCAAGGCGCACAGAGCACUCACCCUGCACGGGAGCCAUUGGAGACAAGACCAGAGCCUCUGGUGCCAGUGAUGGUGCCGGGGAAGGUGGAGCGUGCUGAGCUGCUUGCCCAGGACCACAGGCGACACUGAUCCUGUGGAGAAGUUCCACCUCCUCCUCCUCCGUGCCUGCCAGAUCCUCCCGCUGAAAACAGCUAAGCCUGAUGUUCGGAUUUCUUAGAAUCCCGGCCCCAGAGGACUCUGGAGAGAUAAGCUGACCUCACACUAGGAACUUUAUUACCCGGACCCUGGCAGGCUUUGUUGCCGCUGACUGCUUGUUGCAACAGUGCCUGGGAAGCAUAAGUCUCUCUCACAUCAGCAUCUGUCCUUGCUUGCUGCUACCCACACUGAGAGAGACCUGGGGAAGCCCCAGCCUUGGGCGUCCUGAACAGCCUGGACAUUGAGGCUGCUCAUCCUACCUCCAAACACAUUUUACAGGAUCUAGGAGCACAGAGACAGUGGAAGCAGCCGGGAGAAAACCUAAAAUUUUCAACAUUCAAAGACACCGUGGCGUGGUGGAUGUAGAUGGAGAACACUGAGCGGCCUGAACAGCUUUGCAAUUGUUGCACUAAUUUGCUUUGACUCUGGCUUUGCCAAGGAGGGAUCAGCACGUCCGGAGCACAGAGGGAAUGUGCAGGGGAGCCUCAGAGGCCAUUUUGCUUGGCUCUGACUCACCCUGACUCUCCAGUGAAGCAGAAAGGAGAAAACAUCACACCAACCAGGUGUGGCCAGCCUUUGACCAUUACUGUGAAACCCCAAGAGUUGCCACAGUUCCUUUCCAGGUACGCAGUUAGCCUUAGUUGUGGUUCAACUGAGACUUUUAGCUCAAGGAAAGCUAUAGAAGAGGAGACAGUAUGAGGCGGGAAGAGGAGGAAGAGGAGAGAACCGGGAUGACGGCAAAAGGGGAGUUACUGAUGAAGGAGGAGGAGGAGAUCCAUGACAUGGGAGAACUGGUUGGCCCUUUUGUGAGUGCCAUGCCCACCCCAGUGCCCCACAACAAGGGGACCCGGUUUUCCGAGGCCUGGGAGUAUUUCCACCUGGCUCCUGCUCGUGCUGGGCACCACCCCAACCAAUACGCCACUUGCCGCCUAUGUGGCCGGCAGGUGAGCCGUGGCCCCGGGGUGAACGUGGGCACCACAGCCCUGUGGAAGCACCUGAAGAGCAUGCACAGAGAGGAACUGGAGAAGGGUGGCCAUGGUCAGGCAGCGCAGCGCCAGGACCCGAGGGGCCAAGGACCGCAGAUCCCCAUGGGCAUCGAGGGCGAGUGGGCCAGGCUCCUGGAGCAGGUGGGGGCCCUGGCUUUAUGGGCCAGCCAAAGAGAAAAGGACCUUCUCAGGAGGGAGAGGGCAGUGGAAUGGCGGGAGAGGGCUGUGGAAAGGAGAGAGCGAGCUGUGGAGGAGGUGGAAAGGGCCAUCCUGGAGAUGAAGUGGAAGGUGAGGGCAGAGAGGGAGGCCCACCGGAGGGAGACAGAUCAGCUGGCAGCAGCUCACCCCUUCCAUUUUGUUUAAACCGGCCUUGGGGAAAUCUGUUCUGAAAACACUGACUUUAGAUUCCUAGCAAAGAGCCAUUUUAGUUCCAGCUUAAAUAUACAGCAAGGCAAUCUAGUGGGAUUUUGCUUUUAAGAGAAAGCGUGCAUACUAUGUGUUAAUAUCAGCAAGUUCUGAAUUAAGCAAAUGUUUAACUAUGGGGUUCCUAGUGUUGUACUGAUUGAAACUUUUAAAUACACUGAGUAAAUAUAGAGGUUGUGUCACACCAUGGGUCUGUGAGUUGUUCUGGGUCACAAUGUACCAGCCUGUCAGCACUGAUGAGUGAAAAUACUGGGAUGUAUGCCUAGCACUUGGUUUUGGUAAAGCUGGAGGUUUUGACAGUUGAGGCUGAACUGUGCCUGCAUGGCCAGCUCCCUGUAAGAGGCCCCACCAGGAGCAGAGCUGGGGCUUCCUGGGGCCGAGGUGUUUGCAUGCAUCUGGCUGUGAUUUGAGAACUGGAUACAAAGCUUAUUCUGUGGAACUGAGCAGUGGAAGGACAAAGAAGCUUGAGCCUGAGGUCUCCAGACCCUUCCGAUGUAUACCUUUUUCCCACUGUGGCAGUGCUAUGACACCUGCUUAUAUUAAAGCUG